AUGGCGUUGAUGAUCCCCCCGGUGAAGCUCAAAUGGUUGGAGCACCUGAACAGCUCGUGGAUCACGGAGGACAGCGAGUCCAUCGCCACACGGGAGGGGGUGUCUGUGCUCUACUCGAAGCUGCUGGCCAACAAAGAGGCGGUGCUGCUCCCCCAGCAGGUCCUGUGUCUGAAGGGCCCCCAGCUCCCAGACUUUGAGCGCGAGUCCCUCUCCAGCGAUGAACAGGAGCACUACCUGGACGCUCUGCUCAGCAGCCAGCUGGCCCUGGCCAAGAUGGUCUGCUCCGACUCCCCCUUCGCCGCCGCGCUGCGCAAACGCGUGCUGGUGCUCCAGAGGAUCUUCUACGCACUUUCCAACAAGUAUCACGACAAAGGGAAGGUCAAGCAGCAGCAGCACUCUCCAGAGAACAACUCGGGCUCUGCUGACCUGCACUCUGUCAGCGAGCGGCCGCGCUCCAGCACCGACGCCCUCAUCGAGAUGGGGGUCCGAACGGGCCUCAGCCUCCUGUUCGCUCUGCUGCGCCAAAGCUGGAUGAUGCCCCCUCCUCCCGGUCCCGGCGGAGGUCCUGGAGGCAACAUAAACUUGUGUAAUGAUGUCAUUCACACGGCCAUCGACGUGGUCAGCUCUCUGCCGCCGCUGUCUUUGGCCAAUGAGAGCAAGAUCCCCCCCAUGGGCCUGGACUGCCUGGCUCAGGUCACCACCUUCCUGAAAGGGGUGACCAUGCCGAACUCGGGGGCGGAUAUUCUAGGGCGGCGGCUGGCGUCGGAGCUGCUGCUGGGGCUGGCCUCUCAGAGGGGGUCCCUGCGCUACCUGCUGGAGUGGAUCGAGAUGGCCUUAGCAGCUUCAGCUGUGGUCAGCACAAUGGAGGAGAACAAGGUUCUGCAGAACCAGGAGGGGCUCAUCGGCUAUGACUGCUUCAUGAACAUCCUGAUGCAGAUGAGACGCUCCCUGGUGAGUGGGCGGUCCCUUCAUUUCAUCAAAGAGUCAGUCAGUUCAGACGCUCCCUUCAUCGUGACGUUUAAAAACAGUGAGAGCUGAACGUGAGGAGAGAUCUCAACACGUUUACGGAGCUCCAACCAUUACUGUCAUUAGAAUUGUUAUACAUUUAUUAUUAUUAUUAUUAUUAUUAUAUGUUACUAUGAUAAUAAUAAUAAUUAUGAUUAUGAUUAUUAUUGUUACUUUAUACAUUUGUCAUUAUUAUUAUAGUUUUAUUUAUUAUUAUUAUUAUUAUUAUUAUUAGUAGUAUUAUAUGUUACUAUGAUAAUAAUCAUAUGAUUAUGAUUAUUAUUGUUACUUUAUACAUUUGUCAUUAUUAUUAUAGUUUUAUUUAUUAUUAUUAUUAUUAUUAUUAUUAGUAUUAUAUGUUACUAUGAUAAUAAUAAUAAUAAUAAUUAUGAUUAUUAUUGUUACUUUAUACAUUUGUCAUUAUUAUUAUAGUUUUAUUUAUUAUUAUUAUUAUUAUUAUUAUUAGUAGUAUUAUAUGUUACUAUGAUAAUAAUCAUAAUAAUAAUUAUUAUUGUUACUUUAUACAUUUGUCAUUAUUAUUAUAGUUUUAUUUAUUAUUUUCAUCCUGUCAUGUCAUUAUCGUUUGAUGUGGUGUGUGUCGGGUUCUAACCUCGAUCCGUGUCUCAGGGUUCUUCAGCAGAUCGCAGUCAGUGGAGAGAACCGACCCGGACCUCUGACGGCCUCUGCUCUCUGUACGAGGCGGCGCUCUGUCUGUUUGAGGAGGUAGGACGUUUUUUUCAGGUCUCUGUGCAGAAACUCUCGUUCCUUCAGCGUGAGAAAGUCUUCCUGUUAGAGAUCAGCUGUUUGUUUUCUGUAGAUGACACUCUGAUGAAUCCUCCAGGGAGAAUGAACCUCACCUCCUUUUCUCCCUCCAGGUCUGUCGGAUGGCGUCAGACUACUCUCGCACCUGCGUCAGUCCGGACAGCAUUCAGACCGGAGAGGCUCCUGUGGUGUCUGAAACCUGUGAGGUGUACGUGUGGGGCAGUAACAGCAGCCAUCAGCUGGUGGAGGGGACGCAGGAGAAGAUCCUGCAGCCAAAGCUGGCCGCCAGCUUCGCCGACGCUCAGACAGUAAGAAUCAACCCGCCACCUUUCCUGUGAGAGAGUCUCGCUCUCUGUGUGUUCUGGUUCUGGUUCUGGUUCUUUCAGGGUCCAGAACCAAAGAUCUGAGCGGACCGAGGAGAGCGGUGUGGAGGAGUGAUGAACGGCCGUGAACUGGGCUGCUCCUUUUAAUAACAUGUUCAAUAAAGAGGAGAUGAAACAGAGAAAUGAACCAGUGAACAAAUGAACCAAUGAACCACAGCGGAGAGAUGAGGGGAUUAUUUUAGGGGGAAUAACAAAGAAACAGAGAAAAUCAGCUGAUAGUUCUGACAGAGGAGCGGGUUCUCCUGGUCUGGACCGCCUGUCAGACGUGAUCAGAUGUUUUCUGUGGUUUCUACGGUGAGUGAGGAGGUUUCUGAUUCUGUGCUUUUAUUUUGAAGUUUGGUGGUUUUCUCCUCUAAACUGUUUCAGAGACUUUUUAUUUCGAACCAAUCCGAUGACAGCGUGUUCACUUUUCUAUUUUACAUUUUUAACAUUUAUUUUUAUUUCUGUGAUUUUUGUAGAAUAAUUUUUUUAAAUUUGUAAUUUUCCAUGAUUUUAUUUUUUAUUUUAUAAUUUGAAUUUUUAAUUUUAUUUAAUAUUUUUUCCACUUUUCCCUUAUUUAAGUAAAUGGGCUGAUUUUUUUUUUAAAGUCAGUUUUUAAAAACGUUUCGGCCGUCAGUGUUUAUAUAUUUAUUAAGUAUAUAUAUUUAUGAAGUGUUUGUAUUAUUGAAGAGCCUUCUGUAUGUGAUGAUCUUUAGUGUUUCUCUGUAAAUGUGACAUGAUGAAGAUCUGACUCUAAACCCAGAGGAACACCUGGUCUGGUCUGGUCUGGUCUGGUCAGGUUUGAAUGUUUGUGUUGCUGGUUCAGGACUUUGGUGAGACCCUGAAAAAGGUUCAGUCCGUGGUUCUGGUCCUGGUCAGCCUUCAUGAUUCUUCAGUUUUAGCGGUGACUCCUGUUUUUAUGGUGGCCUUAUCUGUGAGAAACAGCAACGACGCCAUGAAGGAGGUCCACAGAGAGUUCUGAGUCCUUUUACAUGAUCCAGCAGACGUGGUUCAGACCUGACUCAGAAGAAGUCCAGAAACAAACUCAGCUGGUCUGAAAGAGGGACAGGUUUUCCUUCAGGACUUUAUUUCAUGGUCAGUCUUGAAAAAGGCUUUUACUCCGUGUGUGUGUGUGUGUGUGUGUGUGUGUGUGUGUGUGUGUGUGUGUGUGUGUGUGUGUGUGUGUGUGUGAGAGAGAGAGAGAUAAGCACACUGAGACCUCUGCUCUGUCAGAUUAGUGUUUGAGUUUCAGUUUGAACUUUUUCUUCUGAUCUGGACAGAAAGAAAAACACAGACUCUAAAAAAAGGAGGUUAGUGAUGCUGCCGUCAAAACUUUACUAUUUCUGUUUGUCCAACACACCAAUAAUAAUAACAUAAUAUAAUAAUAAUAAUAUGAUAAUAAUAUAAUAAUAACAUAAUAUAAUAAUAAUAUGAUAAUAAUAAUAUAAUAAUAAUAACAUAAUAUAAUAAUAAUAUGAUAAUAAUAUAAUAAUAACAUAAUAUAAUAAUAAUAUGAUAAUAUAUUAUAAUAAUAAAUAACAAUAUUAUAAUAAUAUAAUAAUAACAUAAUAUAAUAAUAAUAUGAUAAUAAUAUGAUUAUGAUAUAAUAAUAACAUAAUAUAAUAAUAAUAUAAUAAUAUUAUAAUAAUAUUAUAAUAAUAAUAUAAUAAUAAUAAUAAUAUGAUACAGAAAUAAAGACAUCUGCAUCAGAGUGAACAGACACCGUCAGAGAAAUCUGUGAUGGAGAAUAUCUGCUGUGAACCAGACGAUGAUGAUGGUGAUGAUGAUGAUGAUGAUGAUGAUGAUGUUGGUGAUGAUGUUGGUGAUGAUGAUCAUCAUGAUGAUGAUGGUGAUGAUGAUGAUGAUGAUGAUGAUGAUGAUGAUGAUGAUGUUGGUGAUGAUGUUGGUGAUGAUGAUCAUCAUGAUGAUGAUGAUGACGAUGGUGAUGGUGAUGAUGAUGAUGAUGAUGGUGAUGGUGAUGUUGAUGAUGGUGAUGUUGAUGAUGAUGUUGGUGAUGAUGAUCAUCAUGAUGAUGAUGGUGAUGAUGAUGAUUGACACACUCAGUCAGGGAGCAGGACAAGAGGGUCAAAAAAGAGAAUAAAUACCAGGAUAUAAAUGUUUAUAUUUGUAAAUAUUAUAGAUAUCAUAGAUGAAAUAAAUAUGAUAGAUAUUAUAAAUAUUGUAGAUAUUUUAGAUAAUAAUAUCAUAGAUAUAAAUAUUAUAGAUAUCGUUAAUGUUAUAGAUAUUAUAGAUAUAGUAUACAAUGGUGAUCCUUCAGACAGAGGCGGGUUAAAGUCAUCCUGAUCCUCUUUAGAUCUCCUCUGUCUCCUCCUGAGUUCAGAACCUUCAGUCAGACCUUCACCUCCUUCACCUCCUUCCUUCUCCUCCUCUCUCUUCACAGAUUGAAGCAGGUCAGUACUGCACUUUCGUCAUCUCCUCGGACGGUUCUGUACGGGCCUGUGGGAAAGGAAGUUACGGUCGCCUCGGGCUCGGAGACUCCAACAACCAGUCGACCCUGAAGAAGCUGACCUUUGAACCCCACCGCGCCAUCAAGAAGGUGUCGUCCUCCAAGGGUUCAGACGGUCACACGCUCGCCUUCACCACCGAGGGGGAGGUCUUCAGCUGGGGGGACGGGGAUUAUGGGAAACUGGGUCAUGGGAACAGCUCCACCCAGAAAUACCCCAAACUGAUCCAGGGACCUCUGCAGGGGAAGGUACCCAACCCAGAACCUGCACCUCCUUCACACUGCUGCACCUCCUCCUAAUACAAAUGUGUGUUCUUUUAGGUGUGUGUGUGUGUGUGUGUGUGUGUGUGUGUGUGUGUGUGUGUGUGCGUGCGUGCGUGCAUGUGUUGACCUUGAAUAACCCCGGUCCAAACCUGUGUUCUGGUUCUGGUUGUGUUUCAGGUGGUGGUGUGUGUGUCUGCUGGAUACAGACACAGCGCUGCGGUCAGUGAGGACGGAGAGCUCUACACCUGGGGUGAAGGAGACUUUGGAAGAUUAGGUAAGAAGGUUCAGAUCCUGGAUCUGUCAGGGACCCAGGUCUCUGAGAUCCACCUGUCCUGUGCUGAUGGUUCCUGUAGGAGCUGUAAUCCUGGUUCUGUUCAGUCAGAACAUCUCAGUACGUUUCUUCUCCAGCUGUUUGUGUUUUUAUCGAUGAUGUGGAUUAAAGAGAAGAAUCAUCAUAAAUAAACCGAGUUCUCUCUAAAGUUCAGAUCUACAGAUUCUACUCAGAGGCAGGAUGACAGUAUUCUGACCCUGAACUUAAACUGUUACUGCAUCAAUAAAAGUUCCACAAGUUCCCGUCUGUCAAUCAAAGAUCGGACUUCUGAGCAGCUUCUGACCCGUCUUAACCUUUGCUGUCGUUUGGGGUCACAGGUCACGGCGACAGUAACAGCAGGAACAUUCCCACUCUGGUCAAAGACAUCAGUAACGUUGGCGAGGUGUCGUGCGGAAGCUCCCACACCAUCGCUCUGUCCAAGGACGGGCGCACUGUCUGGUCGUUUGGAGGCGGGGACAACGGUGAGUCAGAAACUGUGGACCACAGCGAGUCCACAAGAAGAGUCCAGAGUCCAGAGUGGGGUUUGAAGUGUGUCCAGGUGUGUUAUCAGAGUGUGUGUGUGUGUGUGUGUGUGUGUGUGUGUGUGUGUGUCCACAUGCAGGAAAACUGGGUCAUGGAGAUACCAACCGGGUCUACAAACCAAAGGUGGUGGAGGCCCUUCAGGGGAUGUUCAUCAGGAAAGUGUGUGCAGGGAGCCAAUCAUCUCUGGCCUUGACCUCCACAGGACAGGUAGGACUCUUCAAAGACCUGGACCUGGAGGUCUGAAGGUCCCCCUCAGGUCUAAGCUGAACCGUGUCUCUGUGUUCAGGUCUACGCCUGGGGCUGUGGGGCCUGUCUGGGAUGUGGUUCCUCUGAGGCCACGGCGCUCAGACCCAAACUGAUCGAGGAGCUGGCCAUGACCCGGGUGGUGGACAUCUCCAUCGGGGACAGUCACUGUCUGGCCCUGUCACAUGGUACGGUCCACUUCCUGUCAGGUCUGUGGAGGGUUAACCUGACAUCAUGUUGUAAUAGAGAGGAGGGCAGAGACCGAGGGGCGACUGACCCGGUUUCUGACUCCACCUGUCGGGGCGGUCUCUGUCUCUGUGCUGGACUUUAAGAGUCUGAGAACAUCACAGAGAGGGUCCCUGCAGAGAGUCAGAGGACCUGGACUUUAAUAAUAAUAAUAAUAAUAAUAAAUCUUCAACAUAAAGCGAGACUCCAAAGCUCGGUCCUGUGGAGGUGUCCUCAACAGUUCAGGUUUGAGUUCUGUAGAGAUUCUGACUAAAGCUGUUCACCUGCAGGGACCGUCCUGUAAGAUAUCAGUGAGGGGAGGGGUUUACUGAGAACGGGGUCAUUGAUCCCUUAACUAUUAACCAAUUAAUCAACCAUCAACCUACCUACCUACACCAGGUUAAUUUAACUCUUUAAACUCAGGUUAAUUCAACUCUUUAAACUCAGGUUAAUUCAACUCUUUAAACUCAGGUUUAUUUAACUCUUUAUAUUCAGGUUAAUUUUACCCUUUAAACUCAGGUUUAUUUAACUCUUUAAACUCAGGUUAAUUUAACCCUUUAAACUCAGGUUUAUUUAACUCUUUAAACUCAGGUUAAUUUAACUCUUUAAACUCAGGUUUAUUUAACUCUUUAUAUUCAGGUUAAUUUUACCCUUUAAACUCAGGUUAACUUAACUCUUUAAACUCAGGUUAAUUUAACCCUUUAAACUCAGGUUAAUUUAACCCUUUAAACUCAGGUUAAUUUAACUCUUUAAACUCAGGUUUAUUUAACUCUUUAUAUUCAGGUUAAUUUUACCCUUUAAACUCAGGUUAAUUUAACUCUUUAAACUCAGGUUAAUUUAACCCUUUAAACUCAGGUUUAUUUAACUCUUUAUAUUCAGGUUAAUUUUACCCUUUAAACUCAGGUUAAUUUAACCCUUUAAACUCAGGUUAAUUUAACUCUUUAAACUCAGGUUUUAUUUAACCCUUUAAACUCAGGUUAAUUUAACCCUUUAAACUCAGGUUAAUUUAACCCUUUAUAUUCAGGUUAAUUUAACCCUUUAAACUCAGGUUAAUUUAAGUCUUUAAACUCAGGUUAAUUUAACUCUUUAAACUCAGGUUUUAUUAACCCUUUAAACUCAGGUUAAUUUUACUCUUUAAACUCAGGUUAAUUUAACCCUUUAAACUCAGGUUUAUUUAACCCUUUAAACUCAGGUUUUAUUAACCCUUUAAACUCAGGUUUAUUUAACUCUUUAUAUUCAGGUUAAUUUAACUCUUUAAACUCAGGUUAAUUUAACUCUUUAAACUCAGGUUAAUUUAACUCUUUAAACUCAGGUUAAUUUAACUCUUUAAACUCAGGUUAAUUUAACUCUUUAAACUCAGGUUAAUUUAACUCUUUAUAUUCAGGUUAAUUUAACCCUUUAAACUCAGGUUAAUUUAAGUCUUUAAACUCAGGUUAAUUUAACUCUUUAAACUCAGGUUUUAUUAACCCUUUAAACUUAGGUUAAUUUUACUCUUUAAACUCAGGUUAAUUUAACCCUUUAAACUCAGGUUAAUUUAACUCUUUAAACUCAGGUUUAUUUAACCCUUUAAACUCAGGUUAAUUUAACUCUUUAAACUCAGGUUUUAUUAACCCUUUAAACUCAGGUUAAUUUUACUCUUUAAACUCAGGUUAAUUUAACCCUUUAAACUCAGGUUUAUUUAACUCUUUAAACUCAGGUUUUAUUAACCCUUUAAACUCAGGUUAAUUUUACUCUUUAAACUCAGGUUAAUUUAACCCUUUAAACUCAGGUUUAUUUAACUCUUUAAACUCAGGUUUUAUUUAACCCUUUAAACUCAGGUUUAUUUAACUCUUUAAACUCAGGUUAAUUUAACUCUUUAAACUCAGGUUUAAUUAACUCUUUAAACUCAGGUUAAUUUAACCCUUUAAACUCAGGUUUAUUUAACUCUUUAAACUCAGGUUAAUUUAACCCUUUAAACUCAGGUUUAUUUAACUCUUUAAACUCAGGUUUUAUUAACCCUUUAAACUCAGGUUUAUUUAACUCUUUAAACUCAGGUUUAUUUAACUCUUUAAACUCAGGUUAAUUUAACCCUUUAAACUCAGGUUAAUUUAACUCUUUAAACUCAGGUUUAUUUAACCCUUUAAACUCAGGUUAAUUUAACUCUUUAAACUCAGGUUAAUUUAACUCUUUAAACUCAGGUUAAUUUAACUCUUUAAACUCAGGUUUAUUUAACUCUUUAAACUCAGGUUAAUUUAACUCUUUAAACUCAGGUUUUUAAAAGUAAAGCUGAAGUUCACAGACCCAGAGUUCAGAUCAUGACUCCAGGCCCUUCUUAAAAAUAAAACGUCAUGUUUCACUCUCUCUCUUUUCUCUCUUCUCUCUCUCUCUCUCUCUCUCUUUUUUUUUACUCCUCCAUCAUCCAGAUAAUGAAGUCUACGCCUGGGGAAACAACUCCAUGGGUCAGUGUGGUCAGGGGAACUCCACCGGACCCAUCACUAAACCCAAGAAGGUCGUCGGUCUGGACGGAGUCGCCAUCCAGCAGAUCUCAGCGGGGACGUCUCACAGCCUGGCGUGGACGGCUCUGCCCAGAGACAGGUCAGCUGAGUGGGGGGGUGUCUGUGUUUGAGGGGGAGGUCAAAGGUCAGGAGACUGUGUUUUUCACUGUUUGGUUGGUGAUGCGUCUGAACGCUCCGUUGUGCUUCAGGGGAACUCUGAAGUCCUGCUCUGGUUCUGACCCGCCUCUCUUUGCUCUUCAGACAGGUGGUGGCGUGGCACCGGCCCUACUGCGUGGACCUUGAAGAAAGCACCUUCUCCCACCUGCGCUCCUUCCUGGAGCGUUACUGUGACGGCAUCAACAGCGAGGUUCCUCCUCUGCCGUUCCCCUCGUCCAGGUGAGACCACGUCAUCCUCAAACCCGUCUCCUCAUGGAACCACCUCCACCCUCUUCUCUGGGUCUAAGGUGGAUCCUCCGUCACUCAGGUACCACUAAUUCCAGUCAUGUGGGGUUUUUGUGUCUGCAGGGAGCAUCAUAACUUCCUCAAGUUGUGCCUUCGGCUUCUGUCCAAUCAUCUGGCUCUGGCUCUGGCGGGGGGCGUGGCCACCAGUAUCUUGGGUCGUCAGGCGAGGCCUCUGAGGAACCUCCUGUUCAGACUGAUGGACUCCUCAGUACCGGAUGAGAUUCAGGAGGUACGAGGAGGAGGACAGAUGUUUGUUCUGUGCGGUCGGCAGGUUCACUAAGAGAGAGAGAGAGAGAGAGCGAGAGAGAGAGAGAGAGAGGAGUACCCCUUGUGGGCCCUCUAGACCCUCUUGUGGUUCCCCUUUAGUAGUCCCACAAGUUCCCAAAGUAGUCUUCUGUUUCAGUCCUGUCUCUCAGGUACUAAAGGAACCUUCAGUCAUGUCCACGUAAACGUCCCACCGCUGAGAGGACCACCUUUAAACUCUGAAAUAAGGACUGGACUUAGGCGGGAACCUUAGAACCUUUAGAACCUGACUGAGGUUCCAGGAACCUCAGUCAGGUUCAGGGUUCCUGGUGUCUAAACCUGAAUAAACAGGGAGGAGGAAAGAGGGAACCCUAAACCCGACCUCACCUGAGCUCACCUGUGUGUGUGUGUGUGUGUGUGUGUGUGUGUGUGUGUGUGUGUGUGUGUGUGUGUGUGUGUGUGUGUGUGUCUCCCCCAGGCUGUGAUCGAGACCCUGUCGGUGGGGGCCACCAUGCUGCUCCCCCCGCUCAGAGAGAGGAUGGAGCUGCUCCACUCUCUGCUCCCUCAGGGUCCUGACAGAUGGGAGAGUCUCUCCAAAGGACAGGUACCCUGACCCUGUUUUUACGUUUCAGAGAAUCAAAAAUUAAAAAAGGAGAAAAAAAAACUCUAGAGUUAAAAUUUUAACCAAAAGAGAGAGAGAACGAAGAGAAGAGACAGAAGAACCGAGUUUAUUAAGGAGUUUUUAAAGUUUAUUCAGGAGUUUUUAAAGUUUAUUCAGGAGAUUUUAAAGUUUAUUCAGUGUUUUUUAAAGUUUAUUCAGGAGUUUUUAAAGUUUAUUCAGGAGAUUUUAAAGUUUAUUCAGUGUUUUUUAAAGUUUAUUCAGUGUUUUUUAAAGUUCAUUCAGUGUUUUUUAAAGUUUAUUCAGGAGUUUUUAAAGUUUAUUUAGGAGAUUUUAAAGUUUAUUCAGUGUUUUUUAAGUUUAUUCAGGAGUUUUUAAAGUUUAUUUAGGAGAUUUUAAAGUUUAUUCAGGAGAUUUUAAAGUUUAUUCAGGAGAUUUUAAAGUUUAUUCAGGAGAUUUUAAAGUUUAUUCAGGAGUUUUUUAAAGUUUAUUCAGGAGUUUUUAAAGUUUAUUCAGGAGAUUUUAAAGUUUAUUCAGGAGUUUUUAAAGUUUAUUCAGGAGAUUUUAAAGUUUAUUCAGGAGUUUUUAAAGUUUAUUCAGGAGUUUUUAAAGUUUAUUCAGGAGAUUUUAAAGUUUAUUCAGGAGUUUUUAAAGUUUAUUCAGGAGAUUUUAAAGUUUAUUCAGGAGAUUUUAAAGUUUAUUCAGGAGAUUUUAAAGUUUAUUCAGGAGUUUUUAAAGUUUAUUCAGGAGAUUUUAAAGUUUAUUCAGGAGAUUUUAAAGUUUAUUAAGAGAUUUUAAAGUUUAUUUAGGAGAUUUUAAAGUUUAUUCAGGAGAUUUUAAAGUUUAUUUAGGAGAUUUUAAAGUUUAUUCAGGAGAUUUUAAAGUUUAUUUAGGAGAUUUUAAAGUUUAUUCGUUUAUUCAAGAGUUUUUAAAGUUUAUUCAGGAGAUUUUAAAGUUUAUUCAGGAGAUUUUAAAGUUCAUUCAGUGUUUUUUAAAGUUUAUUCAGGAGUUUUUAAAGUUUAUUCAGGAGAUUUUAAAGUUUAUUCAGGAGAUUUUAAAGUUUAUUCAGGAGAUUUUAAAGUUUAUUCAGGAGAUUUUAAAGUUUAUUCAGGAGUUUUUAAAGUUUAUUCAGUGUUUUUUAAGUAAAUUCAGUGGUUGUUAAAGUAUAUUUUGGUAUUCUUUAAAGUCUUGAAGGCCCCCUCAGUUCUUCUCACCAUCAGGUCUUUGUUUCUUCUUCUCAGAGGAUGCAGUUGGACAUCAUCCUCACCAGUCUCCAGGACCACACCCACGUGGCCUCGCUCCUCGGUUACAGCUCUCCUGCUGACGGCCCAGAGGUCCUGUCAUCAGCUCCGGGUUUUACAGCCACCUCUGACGGCGCCACAGCGGGCCACCCUGACACCCACCUGGCUGAGAUCCUGAUGAAGACCCUGCUGAGGAACCUGGGCUUCUACACGGUGAGGGGGUGGUGUUGGACGGAGCUCCGUCAGAGAGCUUUAAUGAUUGAUUCAGUCUGGUGAUCAAUAAAAAUGGAGUUUGUAGAUCAUAAUGAUCCAUGAAGCUCUGACAGGGACAGACCUUAGUGAGGAAGAAGGUCCUCCUCCUCCUCCUCCUCCUCCUUCUUUUGCUCCUCCUCCUCCUCCUCCUCCUCCUCCUCCUCCUUCUUCUGCUCCUCCUUCUCCUCCUCCUCCUUCUCUUCCUCCUCCUCCUCCUCCUCCUUCUUCUGCUCCUCCUCCUUCUCCUCCUCCUCCUUCUCUUCCUCCUCCUUCUCCUUCCCCUUCUUCUUCUGCUCCUCCUCCUCCUUCUUCUGCUCCUCCUUCUCCUCCUCCUCCUUCUCUUCCUCCUCCUCCUCCUCCUCCUCUCUCCUUCAGGAGGAGCAUGAGUCAGCUUUAAUCCUUUCUUAUCAUCACCUGACGCCUCUUUCCGGGCUCAACAGCAGCAGCUCUCGAAAGGCUGCAGAUAUUGAUUUUACCACACUCACACACACACACACACACUCACACACACACACACACACUCACACACACACACACACACACACACACACACACACACACACACUCACACACUCACACACACACUCACUCACACACACUCACUCACACACACACUCACACACACACACACACACACACUCUGGGUUAUUUUAAGUGUGUGUGAUCAUGCAGGCCUCUCCCUGCGUCUCCUCUUCAGCUCCUCCUCUCUCUCCUCUCGUUCAGACCGAAACGACAAACUUUAAUCUGAUAACAGACGCUGCAGUUUGGACCAAACCCAGUUUUACAGACGGAGGUGUGAUGAUGAUGAUGAUGAUGAAGAUGAUGAUGAAGAUGAUGGGAUAACAGAGUUCAUGUCUGCUCUCAUCAUUAGAGGUCCAGUUUUAGGACUUAAACUCAGACCUGUUUCCUGUUCUUCAUCAUCGUCUUCUUCACUCAUCCAGACAUUCCUGUUUUUAAAGAGAGCUGGAUCUGUCUAAGCUCCGCCCCCUUAGUGAGAACCUGACGAGAGAGGACGAGCUGGACCGCACUUCUCUGCAGAUGAGACAGAUAUAGAUAUCUCACUUUGUACAUCUAUAUCUAACAUUGUAUAUCUAUAUCUAUGAGCUAAUGUUGUACAUCUAUAUCUAUAUCUAUGAGCUAAUGUUGUACAUCUAUAUCUAUAUCUAUGAGCUAAUGUUGUACAUCUAUAUCUAUAUCUAUGAGCUAACGCUGACAGACCGACCCAAACACGUGACUUCAGCUCUGUAACAUGUUUAAUCGACUCCUUUACCUUAAAGUGAUGAAGGUUCACACCUGAACUGGAACACAGGUUCACCUGGACACACACUAGAACCCUGAACCUGGCACUGUUUACAUCCAAUAUGUAUGUGUGUGUGUGUGUGUGUGUGUGUGUGUGUGUGUGUGUCUGUGUGUGUCUGUGUGUGUCUCUGUGUGUGUCCCUGUGUGUGUCUCUGUGUGUGUCCCUCUCUGUGUGUGUCCCUGUGUGUCCCUGUGUGUGUCUCUGUGUGUGUCCCUGUGUGUGUGUCUGUGUGUGUCUGUGUGUCCCUGUGUGUGUCCCUGUGUGUCCCUGUGUGUGUGUCCCUGUGUCCCUGUGUGUGUCCCUGUGUGUCUCUGUGUGUGUGUCUCUGUGUGUGUCCCCCUCUGUGUGUGUCCCCCUCUGUGUGUCCCCCUCUGUGUGUGUCCCUCUCUGUGUGUGUCUCUGUGUGUCCCCCUCUCUGUGUCCCCCUCUGUGUGUGUCUCUGUGUGUCCCCCUCUGUGUGUGUCUCUGUGUGUGUCUGUGUGUGUCUCUGUGUGUCCCCCUCUCUGUGUCCCCCUCUGUGUGUGUCUCUGUGUGUGUCCCUGUGUGUGUCCCUGUGUGUCCCCCUCUGUGUGUCCCUCUGUGUGUCCCCCUCUGUGUGUCCCCCUCUGUGUGUGUCUCUGUGUGUGUCUCUGUGUGUCCCUGUGUGUCCCUCUCUGUGUGUCCCCUCUGUGUGUGUCCCUGUGUGUCUCUGUGUGUGUCCGUGUAUCUCUGUGUGUGUCCCUGUGUGUGUCCCUCUCUGUGUGUCCCCCUCUGUGUGUGUCUCUGUCUGUGUCCCUGUGUGUGUCCCUGUGUGUGUCUCUGUGUGUGUCUCUGUGUGUGUCCCUGUGUGUGUCUCUGUGUGUCCCUGUGUGUCCCUCUCUGUGUGUGUCUCUGUGUGUGUCCCUGUGUGUGUCUCUGUGUGUCCCUGUGUGUGUCCCUGUGUGUCUCUGUGUGUGUCCGUGUAUCUCUGUGUGUGUCCCUGUGUGUCCCCCUCUCUGUGUGUCCCCCUCUGUGUGUGUCUCUGUGUGUGUCUCUGUGUGUCCCUGUGUGUGUCUCUGUGUGUCUCUGUGUGUGUCCCCGUGUGUCCCUGUGUGUCCCUGUGUGUCCCUCUCUGUGUGUGUGUCUCUGUGUGUCCCCCUCUGUGUGUCCCCCUCUCUCUGUGUCCCUCUUCAGGACCAGGCCUUCGGGGAGUUGGAGAAGAACAGCGAUAAGCUGCAGCAGGGCACGUCCUCGUCGGACAGCAGUCAGCCCGCCCACCUCCACCAGCUGCUCUGCUCUCUGCAGAAACAGCUGUUGGCGUUCUGUCACAUCAACUCUGUCACUGAGGUACGCACGCGCUCAGACCCCGUCCCGCCUCCUCGCAGUCAUGUGACUAUGUUAGAAACAGGAAGUGUCAUUUGUUCAGAGCCUCUUCUCCUGAUCUUCUCCACGUGCAGAACUCCAGCAGCGUGGCCUUACUCCACAAACAUCUGCAGCUCCUGCUGCCGCACGCCACCGACAUCUUCUCCCGCUCGGCCGCCCUGAUCAGGGAGAGCUCCUGGAACGGGAGCAUCCGCGAGAAGCUGCAGGGUGAGGAGGAGCGCCGACUGACUCUGUGUGGAGCGAGGAGCUUUGACCUCGCCGUCUGACUGUGUUGACCUCAGCUGACGCCUGUUUGUGUGUCACAGACAGAGAACGAGGACGCCGCGGCGAGGCGUUUCUAAAAAAGACUCAUGUCAAAAUAAUCCCUUUAAAGACAGGCGUUAAAAACAGGCAGAACAGUCAACCAUCAGGUCAAACAAAGACCAGAGUCAGAGUCAGACCUAAAGAUCUGAAGAUCCAAAACCUGGUCCAGAAGGGUCUGCGGACCAGAACACGCUCCUCUUGAGCGUGUCGUAGAUUUGUUUGAGAUGUGAACGAAACACAAACACAGAAAUCAGAGAGUGAAGGAAACCACCGAGACGAUGAGCACAGACCUGUCCGUCUGUUACCAUGGUGAUAAGAGAGUUAGGAACAUCACUUUCAAACUGAUGAAACAUGUGUGAUCAAUUAAAUGUAAUGUUUGAUCAGCUGACGGCCCGUCUCCAGGCAGAAACCUCAGCUGGACCUGUGAGGAGGUCAGGAGGAGGAGGUCACCUGCUGCUUCAGGUGGAUCCAUGUUUGAUGGCGACUCCUGCGAUUAACAAAGAGGUCAAAAAACAUGGGAGAAGUUUGUGAGGAGGAGGUCUAUGACUCGCUAAAUAAUGAGCAUCUUAAAUUUAUUGAAACUAAAAUAUUCUCCAGGUCGACUUCAAACAACAAGCGAAAUAAAAAAGGAAAUUUAGCGAUAAAGAGUGUUUCACUUCUUCAGCACCGAGCAGAAACAGAAAACAGCUGUCCUCACUCUCUAACCACAGGAGCAGCAAAGACACCAAUAAUCACUCAUUCAUGAUAAUCAAUAUCCUGAACUUUUCCAAAUAAUUCAGAGAAUCAAAGAAUCAAUAAGCUUCGCUGCGCUCAGAUCUCAGAGGUCUUAGUCCACCAGCCUCCUGACGGUUGAUCCUCAGAGGAGUCCUGUCCCUCAGAAGUCUGCAGGUUUUUGGAUGGAGACGGUUCAGAGUCCUGGUGGACUUUCCUCUAGUCCUGGUCUUGAUGGAGAUGUUCUUGGUUGUUCCUCUGAUCCUCUGAUCGAUCGCAGACUGACUCCCUCGCCUCGUCUCUCUCCUCUCUCUCCUCCAGAUGUCAUCUUCGUGUCGGCGGCGGGCAGUAUGUUGUGUCAGAUCGUCAACUCGCUGCUGCUCCUCCCCGUGUCGGUGGCGAGGCCUCUGCUGAGCCACCUUCUGGACCUGCUGCCUCCUCUGGACCGCCUCAACAGACUGCUGCCUGCAGCCGCCCCGCUGGAGGACCAGGAGCUGCAGUGGCCUCUGCACGGUGAGAAAGUCCAGACCUCAUCUGGUCCUCCUCACGGUUCAGACGUUAGCCCUCAGGUGUCAAAGAUCCAGCUGUUCCAGGUGUUCAUGACUCCUCCUCUUCCUGUUUCCCUCGCUCCAUCACACCUUCAGGUACGUCAGACUUCGCAGAGCCGGCCUCAGGUAUGUCCCUGCCACAGCCGGCGCUCUCCUGGGUCUGGUUGGUGGAUCUGGAGAGGACGGUCGCCCUCCUGGUGGGUCGUUGUCUCGGCGGGAUGCUGCAGGGGGCGCCAACCUCUCUGGAGGAGCAGGACACGGCGUACUGGCUCAAAACGCCGCUCUUCAGCAACGGACUGGAAAUGGACAUCCCUCAGCUGGGUGAGCAGAGAGACGGCCGGACGGACGGGGGGCGGGUUCAUGAGAUCUGAAAACGGGUUUUAGAUCCUAUUAUAGUGAGAUUAAGAUUAUAGAAUAAUGUAGUCAGAUUAAGAUUAAAGAAUACUGUAGUGAGAUUAAGAUUAUAGAAUAAUGUAGUCAGAUUAAGAUAAAAAAAUACUGUAGUCAGAUUAAGAUAAAAAAAUACUGUAGUUAGAUUAAGAUUAUAGAAUAUUGAAGUUAGAUUAAGAUUAUAGAAUACUGAAGUCAGAUUAAGAUUAAAGAAUAUUGAAGUCAGAUUAAGAUUAUAGAAUACUGUAGUCAGAUUAAGAUAAAAAAAUACUGUAGUUAGAUUAAGAUUAUAAAAUACUGACGUUAGAUCAAGAUUAAAGAAUACUGAAGUUAGAUCAAGAUUAUAGAAUACUGAAGUUAGAUUAAGAUUAUAGAAUACUGUCGUUAGAUUAAGAUUAUAAAAUACUGUAGUUAGAUUAAGAUUAUAGAAUAUUGAAGUUAGAUUAAGAUUAUAGAAUACUGAAGUCAGAUUAAGAUUAAAGAAUAUUGAAGUCAGAUUAAGAUUAUAGAAUACUGUAGUCAGAUUAAGAUAAAAAAAUACUGUAGUUAGAUUAAGAUUAUAAAAUACUGAAGUUAGAUUAAGAUUAUAGAAUACUGAAGAUAGAUCAAGAUUAAAGAAUACUGAAGUUAGAUUAAGAUUAUAGAAUACUGAAGUUAGAUUAAGAUUAUAGAAUACUGUAGUUAGAUUAAGAUUAUAGAAUACUGUAGUUAGAUUAAGAUUAUAGAAUACUGUAGUUAGAUUAAGAUUAUAGAAUACUGUAGUUAGAUUAAGAUUAAAGAAUACUGUAGUCAGAUUAAGAUUAUAGAAUACUGUAGUUAGAUUAAGAUUAUAGAAUACUGUCGUUAGAUUAAGAUAAUAAAUUACUGAAAUUAGAUUAAGAUUAUAGAAUACUGUAGUGAGAUUAAGAUUAUAGAAUAAUGUAGUCAGAUUAAGAUUAUAGAAUACUGUAGUAAGAUUAAGAUUAUAGAAUACUGAAGUUAGAUUAAGAUUAUAGAAUACUGUCGUUAGAUUAAGAUUAUAGAAUACUGUAGUUAGAUUAAGAUUAUAGAAUACUGAAGUUAGAUCAAGAUUAUAGAAUAUUGAAGUUCGAUUAAGAUUAUAGAAUACUGUCGUUAGAUUAAGAUUAUAGAAUAAUGUAGUCAGAUUAAGAUUAUAGAAUAAUGUAGUCAGAUUAAGAUUAUAGAAUACUGAAGUUAGAUCAAGAUUAUAAAAUACUGUAGUUAGAUUAAGAUUAUAGAAUACUGAAACUAGAUUAAGAUUAUAGAAUACUGUAGUUAGAUUAGGAUUAUAGAAUACUGAAACUAGAUUAAGAUUAUAGAAUACUGUAGUUAUAUGAAGGUUUUUAAAUAAGGCAGAUUUUUAGUCACGUGUCCUCCCGUCGCCUUAAAUCAGAACUUUUUAAUUUAAUUUAAAAUAAAAACACAGAGCAACUCUUUGUUUUUGUUUUUAUUAAGGAGGAGAUCAUCUGUGUGUCUUCUCUCUGAGAUGAUUCUCAUUUCUUCACUCCUGUCCUCUCACACCCGUCUUCUCCUGUCCUCGCCCCUGUCCUCUCUCUUGUACUAACACUCGUCCUCUCUCCUGUUGUUUCCUGUCCUCACCCCUGUCCUCUCACCCCUGUCCUCUGUCCCCUGUCCCUCAGACACCUGUAUCAGCUCCUUGUUGGAGGCGGCCCUGUCGGGGAACGAGGAGCAGAAACCGUUGGACUGUACUCUCCGUCCGGACCUGAGCGUCUUGGUGGACCUGGCUCUGGGUUCGUCUAAAGAACCGGCCAACAGUCUGUGGAUCAACAUGCAGGACUACGCCAUCAGUAAAGGUCUGCUGUGGUUCUGAGGGGGGUUCUGGUGGUCUCUGUGGACCGGGUCGCUGACUGUCCUGGUGUUUGUGUUUCAGACUGGGACAACGCGUCUCUCAGUAACGAGUCCCUGUUGGACACCGUGUCCAGGUUUGUGUUGGCGGCUUUACUGAAGCACACGGGUCUGCUGGGACAAGGCUGUGGAGAGGGCAGGUACUGGACCAUGAGAAGGUUCUGAGGGGGGGCUGAGGUCCAGUUUCUCCUGGAUCAGCUGGACUCUGUCUCAUGUCCCGUUUUGUCCUCAGGUACCAGCCGUCCAAGUCUCUGGCUGAAGUUUAUCGCAGCGUCUAUAAGGUCCGGAACCGCCUGCUGGCCUGUAAGAACAUGGACUUCAUCCAGACCAGAUCGUCUUCACGAGAGCGGAGGGUGAGUGAGUGUCUGCUCAGAUCUUCAUCCACCCCAUCUUCAUCUUCUUCUCACCGAGCGUCAUCUGGUUUCAGAUCUCAGACAAUCAGGACUCUCUGGACAUGGACCCUCAGGAGCACUCCUUCACACGCACCAUCGACGAGGAGGCGGAGCUUGAGGAGCGAGCCGACCGCGAGAGAGAGGAGGGGCAUCAGGAGCAGGACGAGGAGGAAGAGGACAGGGAGCACGAGGUCAUGACGGCUGGAAGUGAGUUCACCUGUGUGUGUCUGUGUGUGUGUGUGUGUGUGUGUGUGUGUGUCUGUGUGUGUGUGUGUGUGUGUCUGUGUGUGUGUGUGUGUGUGUGUGUGUGUGUGUGUGUGUGUGUGUGUGAGUGUGUGUGUGUGUGUGUGUGUGUGUGUGUGUGUGUGUGUGUGUGUGUGUGUGUGUGUGUGUGUGUGUGUAAAAACAGCUGAUCUGUGUUUUUGCUGCAGUGACUUCUCCAGUGUUAGCGUGUUAGCAUGUUAGCUUGUGUUGAGCGCUCAGUCGUGUUUUGCUAACAGCUUCAGUUUGAGGAGCUGCCCCCCCCCCCCCGUUAACUCCAUGGUAACGAGGAGUCGUGUUUCCUGCUCCUCACUGCUCCUCACUGCUCCUCUAACCCGGCGUCCUGUGUGUGUUUCUUUGUGUGUUUUUGUGCGUCCUACACGACAGAAAUCUUUCAAUGUUUCCUCUCAGCGCGGGAGGUCGCUCGCAGCCGGGACAGAGAGCGGGCCAGCAGCAGUACCGGACUGGGCUCAGGUUCUGUUUCCAGGAGCGGAGGAGGAGGAGGAGGAGGAGGAGGAGGGGAGGACGACUCCAUCCUGUCUCAGGAGGGGAGGAGGGGCAGCACGGGUCUCCCCGAGGGUCAGGACCUUUACACGGCGGCCUGUAACUCCGUGAUCCACCGCUGCGCUCUGCUGCUGCUCGGGGUCAGCCCGGUUCUGGGAGAGCUGAGCAAACAGAACCAGGAGGAGGGCCAGACCCAGUCCACUACGGGGACGCAGGAGUGUCUGAGCUUCAUGACCAGGUCAGAGCGGGGGGGCGGGGUCUGUCGCUCACUGUCGUUCCUACAGAACCGUCAGCAGGGGAUGGUAGGAGAAGGUCCCGCCUACUUCACCUCUGAUUGGCUGUGAAACUUCAUCACACGCUCCAGCCGAGCGCGGGCCAUCGGUUCUGUACAUCAAACAGAACUUUACAGAACCCAAACCCGACAGACGAUGAGGUUUCACAGCCAUAAGGAAUAACCAAUCAGAGCCCAGCACUUCUACCCAAUCAGAGGCGAAGAGGGCGGGACCUUCGUCUACCAUCCUACAAAAGAAAUCAUCCCAGUCUAGACCUGGUCCCUCCCUUUGUCCUCAGACCUGGUCUUGGUCUGGUCCAUCAGGUCCACAGUAACACAACAGAAGACCUGACAGAGUUUAACUGUUUAAAGUCCAAAGGAGGAAAAAAGGGACAUCAGAUAAAAACAGAAAAAAUCCUUUAAAAAAUAAACUUUUAUAGAAACUAGGGAUGGACCGAAUGGGAAAAUCUUGGCCGAAACCGAAUACCGAAUAUAAGAAACACUUGGCCGAAUAACCGAAUACCGAAUAGCCGAAUAUGAUUAAUAAAUAUGUAUAUAAAUUAUGAUUUUUUAUCAUCAAGCAAUUUUUGUACAAUUGCUGUCAUUGCCGUACAUUUGUUUUAAAGCUACCUGAUUAUGGCAAAACCUGGCAAACUUAAAUAUUAAUCACUUUAUGUUUGAACCAUGAAACAUUUAUUCAGCUGACAUGACAUAACAAUGCUAUAACAAUAACAUUCAAUAAAAUAAAAUUAAGUAAAUAACAUCUUUGCAAUAACAAUACAAAAAAGUGCAAUUUUCCCUGUAGGAUAGCCUAAAGUAAAUAAAAUAAAAUGUACAUAUGCAAAAUAAAUAAAAUAAAUGCAGGUACAUGCAUGCAUAUACAUGAUUGUGCAACAGUAAACACAAAUCCAGGCCUGAGGACUUCAACAUGCACUUACAUGCAUGCAUAUACGAUUGUGCAAACUUUUGUGCAGUGAGUUUCUUAAACUCGUCAUGUUUGUCCUUAUGUUUAGCGCUCAAGUGGUUGAUUCGCCCCGAUGUACUGAAAGUUUUUGCCGUCACACCACCUCGAGACACUUCAGCAGAGCAGAGUUUACAAAUUGCCAUCAGACCAUCUUUCUCUGAUAUGUCGAAAUAUUUCCAAACCGCAGACAUGUCGGUUGAACGGCUUCGAGCCAAGACAGCUGCACGUAUCGUGUGCGUCGUAUCAGCAUGCCGGUGUUGUGCCGUAGAAUGCACCCCCGACAGGAGCGCGGUUGAAAGUACUUAACAAGGCGAAAAUAAUCCAAGCUUUCCUUACCAUUGGAUGAAUUCAAAAGCGUGUGCCUUUAAUAACUUCAUUCAGGCUACUCAGAUAAGCCGAAAAAAUAGCCAUCUGAUUCAGAAUAUUAUAAUAUAAUGUAUGCCAGCUUGACAGUUUACUGUACAGUUUAUAUACCCAAGCACACCUCCGUAUGUGCAUUUUGGAGACAGGUAAAAUCAGAACGAAAGUUGUAACGAUCAAAUAGUCGUGUUUUUUAAAAUAUGAGAUCAUUUUCUUCCACUUUAAGAAGCUAACGAGUGGAUGGGAGGCAGGGGGUGCUUUCUACGGCACAACACCGGCUUGCCUCUUGUCGCGUUCCGAUUACGUCAUCAACAUGCCACUAAAACAGGGAAAACAGCGCCGUCUGCGUUUUCCGUUUUUGAGAGUUCAUUCUAGACAUAUUUUUAUCCACACUAUUCGGUAAUUUUUUUCGGCCAUAACAUCUAUUCGGCCGAAAACCGAAAAUUCAUUUUUGAUGCUUUUCGGCCGAAUAUUUUCGGCGCCGAAUAUUCGGACCCAUCCCUAAUAGAAACUGUGAAGUGAGUCUUCUCUGGUUCAGAGUCCUCGGCACAAUAACAGGAGAGAGAACCUAAAUAUAUAAUCUGGACUCUGUGAUGGUUCCUCAGAACCACAGUGUUAAAUAAAGAGAGCAGGUCAACUCCAGGACCGCUCUGACUGACCUGAUUCACCCAAACCUACUUUACCCUCCAUCACUGUUGACACGGGGGUGAAGAUCUCCAGAGGGAGAGUCUUCGAGGGUUAAUGAGGGUUUAAAAGUCCAGGACGGGACCUGAAGGGCUCUGUGUGAUGAUGUCAGAGCGUUAAAGGACCAAUCAGAGCCCCUCAGGAAAUGAAUCAGAGACUCACCUGGAGUGACUCCAGACCUGUUGGUUCUUGUUAGUCCUGAAACGUUCAGCUGAGGUGAAGCUGACGGGAUCAUGAUCCAGGAUCCCUCAGGUAGACCUGCAGAGACCAGGUCCGUCAGCAGAACCACAGAGACUCUGGUUCUGACCGCAGGACUCUGGACCCUGUAGAACCAGACCUGGAGAUCCCAGUUUGAAUAGACCAGCUCAGUGUGUUAAAGGGCGACUGUGUGAGGCUGAUUACAGGUGAAGAUCUGAGUGAGUCAUGAAGCCACGCCCACUCUCAGGUAACCGGAGGACAGGUGUGUCUGCUGCUCUUAAACCGGGAACCCUGGUCCAGGUCAGAUCAGGUCCAGGUCUCACCUCCUGUCACCUGAUCAGAGAAGGGUGUGAGCAGACUGGGUCACAUGACUCCAAGUGACGGUCACAUGACUGACUGGUUCUGGUUCUGGUUCUGUGUGUCUGUAGGAGUGAGAGUCUGAGCGCGGAGAGCCGCUCGGUCCAGAACAGUCCCAGUUACAGACUGAUGAAGUCCAGGAGUGAGUCGGACCUGUCCCAGCCCGAGUCCGACGAGGAGGGCUACACUCUGGUACCGCCCCCGCCCCCCCCCCACAGUCAUGUUUACGGUGGGAAUGACACGCCCCAUCUUGACCUCUUGACCUCUUGUUUGUGUUCCAGAGUGGGAGGAGAAACGUGGACCUGGAUUUGGCCUUCUCUCACAAGAAGAGAGGUAAAGAUGGCGGUGGCGGUGUCUGUGAGCAGGAUGUUGUUUAGUUGUUUGUGGUCGUGUGUCAGUCAUGUGUCCCUCUUGUCUCUCUGUGUGUGUGUGUGUCUGUGUGUGUCUGUGUGUGUCUGUGUGUGUCGAUAGUUUAUUUGCUUCUUUUGGGACAGUUGAGUCCAAAACACAAGAGGAGCUCCAAGCAAGUAAACGAUGAUGGCAUGUUUCCUCCUCCUGACUUAGAUCACUCCUCCAUGACCAUGACCAUGACCCCGCCCCCCCGUUCAUCCGCCAUGAUCAGAGCUUCAGAUCCACACUCUGUGAUAGAGCAGACACUGACCAAUCACAGACGAGUCUCCUGCUGACCGUCCCUUUAAACCAUGAUAACGGACAAUUUGAGUCCUUGAGUUAGACCACGCCCCCAUGGUGGACAGCUCUGAGGACCUGCUGAUGUCACCUCAAACGGGGGGGGAUCAUUUCACUGAUCUGAUCAUCAGGGCCCCCCCCCGACUCUAGUCUGUCAACAAAAUAAAACAAGAAUUUUAAAGGCUCUUUAUCUGUCGUUCAGUUUUCUGUAAAUUAGUUCAUAUUUAAUUAGAGAUCAUGACCUCAUUUACAUAUUCAAACAUAAUAUUUGACUGAACCUGUGAUAUAAAAAAUAUUUGUCUUAAAGUUAUAAACUCUGGAAGUUUCAUGCUGAUAUCUGUUAGUUAAAAAUUGUACCCUGUUUACUUGAUCUACUUGAAAAUGACGCCUUUCUAGAGGUCAAACUUUGGUCAACUUUAGUUUGUUCUUACGGACGUCUAAUACUAUAAAAACAGCUGAGGAACCUUUGGUAGAAUUAUUUUAGAGUUAAGCUCCUCCCACACCGGGACCGUUUUUUUCGUGUGAUUAUUUCGGACGUCAAUAUUUUUUUUUAACCCGUAUCCUGUCAAUACAAGCGUCACAUCAGCGACGUUUUCCCGUCCUGCGAUAUUACGGCAUUUAUUUUAUCGGAUCACGGUCGAUUUUUCUAAAGUUUCUCAGACUGUGUGUCCACUUCUGACCAAUCAGAUUUCAUGUUGUUGUGACGUCAGAUUCAGCAGUAUAUCCAACAUGGCCGACCGGCUGAUUGUUUACGUGUCGGAGAACAGAGUGAUUUUUGAUCAAAGACACAAACAUUACAAAGAUAACGACCUGAAGGACGACUUGUGGAGACGAUGGUUUGUGAGCUUUAACAGUUUGAUAAACGUCUUUGUUUGAACUUUCAUCUGUGCUAACGUAAGCUAACGGUUGUUACCAUAGUUACAUGUUCUUAUUUUCUCCCCUCUGAUUGGCUAUAAGUGCUGACCGUUUCAGUGAGCGUGUGAUGCUGUUUCCAGCUUUUCUAGCCAAUCAGAGGUGGAGGAGGCGGGACUUUCCCCGGACGCGUCCUUUUCCCCCGGAAAGUCUCAAAACCACAUCAGGCUCGAUGUGUUCAGUCAGACACGUCAAAAUCCGCCUCCCAGUAUUUAGUGAUUUCGUGUCGGCCCCGGUGGGUAAGGCCCUUAAGGUGGUGUGUUUUUCAUAUUUGGACCCGCCUAGACUGUGAACUCUGUGACCCUGAAUGAUCCGGGUCCAGACCUGGACUCAGAGCUGUCCACCUGAGCAGGAUCCCUCAGGAGGACCCAGAAUAAAACCAGGUGGAAACAGGUCUUCAGUGCCCCCCCCUUCAUGGGGUCUUGUUCUGCAUGAAGAUCCGGCGUUCGUUGGUUCAGCCAUGUCAUGACCUCUGACCCCCCUCAGCCGUCCUCACUCAGACCCUGCAGGGUUCUGGUUCUGAUUGGCUGUUGUCUCCUCCUGUCUCCAGGUUUUCUCCACAGUUCUCCGGACUCUCUGGCUGAGUCCUGGUUCCGGGCCAAGCUGAGCCGGCAGCGCAGCUACAGCUCCGCCCACUCCUACGAGGAGUCGGACCUGGACCUGAACCGCUCUCUGGGGAUCCACGCCCUCAUCGACAACAUGGUCAGCUUCAUCAGCGGGGACGUGGGCCUGGCUCCGGCCUUCAAGGAACCUGAAGAGAGCAUGUCCACCAGUCCACAGGCCACCAUCCUGGCCAUGGAGCAGCAACAGAACCGGGCCGAGGUGAGGGACCCGGUCCAGAUCUUUAGAGUCCACUUCAGUCCUGUGGAGUAAAGAUGGCGCUGGUUUCUGACGGUGUCUGUGUCCACAGCUGCGGUUGGAGGCGCUCCAUCAGAUCGUGGUCCUGAUCUCUGGGAUGGAGGAGAAGGGGAGCCAGCCCGGAACCACAGACCGGCCCAGCAGUACCUUCCAGUCCUCCUCCCUGCUCACCUCGGUCCGGCUCCAGUUCCUGGCGGGUUGUUUUGGACUCGGAACGGUGGGCACGGGGGGUCUGAAGAGAGAGAGCGUCCAGCUGCAUCACUACCAGGUAGGGGGGGCGGGGUCACCUGAGCCGGGUCAGCUCAGAGGAUUUAGAUCAGGGGGUGUGUGAAAACAGAACCAGGACCAGAGGAGACCUUCUGAAGACUUGUGGGUUUUUCCAGGACGGGGUCAAAGCCGCCAAGAGGAGCAUCCAGAUGGAGAUCCAGACCGCCGUUCACAAGAUCUACCAGCAGCUGUCCGUCACCCUGGAGAGGGCGCUGCAGGCCAACAAGCACCACAUAGGUGAGAGAGAGAGGCUCCGCCCCCAGACCUGUGAGACCGACAGGUUCUUAUUGACCGAUGAGGCCGAUGAGACCUCAUAGACCUGAGAGACCUCAUAGACCUGAGAGACCUGAGAGACCUCAUAGACCUGAGAGACCUGUUAGACCUGAGAGACCUCAUAGACCUGAGAGACCUCGUAGACCUGUUAGACCUGGGAGACCUGAGAGACCUCAUAGACCUGAGAGACCUGUGAGACCUGAGAGACCUGAGAGACCUGAGAGACCUCAUAGACCUGUGAGACCUGAGAGACCUCAUAGACCUGAGAGACCUGAGAGACCUCAUAGACCUGAGAGACCUCAUAGACCUGUUAGACCUGAGAGACCUCAUAGACCUGAGAGACCUCAUAGACCUGAGAGACCUGAGAGACCUCAUAGACCUGUUAGACCUGAGAGACCUCAUAGACCUGAGAGACCUCAUAGACCUAUGAGACCUGAGAGACCUCAUAGACCUGAGAGACCUGUGAGAUCUCAUAGACCUAUGAGACCUGUUAGACCUGAGAGACCUUAUAGACCUGAGAGACCUCAUAGACCUAUGAGACCUGAGAGACCUGAGAGACCUCAUAGACCUAUGAGACCUGUUAGACCUGAGAGACCUCAUAGACCUGAGAGACCUCAUAGACCUGAUAGACCUGAUAGACCUGUGAGACCUCGUAGACCUGUUAGACCUGGGAGACCUGAGAGACCUCAUAGACCUGUUAGACCUGAAAGACCUCAUAGACCUCAUAGACCUGAGAGACCUCAUAGACCUGUUAGACCUGAGAGACCUCAUAGACCUGAGAGACCUGUGAGACCUCAUAGACCUGUUAGACCUGGGAGACCUGAGAGACCUCAUAGACCUGUUAGACCUGAGAGACCUCAUAGACCUGUUAGACCUGAGAGACCUCAUAGACCUGAGAGACCUGUGAGACCUCAUAGACCUGUUAGACCUGGGAGACCUGAGAGACCUCAUAGACCUGUUAGACCUGAGAGACCUCAUAGACCUGAGAGACCUCAUAGACCUGUGACACUUUACAGUAACCACAAUAGAUAGUUUAUUAAUGUAAGUUAGUCGUUACUUUACUAUCAACAAGCAAUAAAACUAUGAUUAAUAAUUUUCAUUAAUAGAUUAUUAAUUAAAGGUUUAUAUCGGGUUUAAAUUUUGGUUAUAAAACAUCUCGAUUAAAAUGUUUGUCAGCAGAACUUUGUAAAUGAUAAAUAUGUGGUUUAUAAACCAUCUAUGAACAUGACAGAGAUGGUUACUGUAAAGUUAAGGUUAGUUAAGGUUAGUUAAGGUUAGUUAAGGUCAGGGUGUUAAAAGGGUCAAAUUAAUUUAUUUAUUAAUGGUCUUCAGCUGUUUAUAAAUAAUGAUUUAACAUUAAUAAACUAUCUGCUUACAGUUUAUAAACAGCCUAUUUACCAUUUAUAAGUUAUGGUUAUUGUAAAGUGUUAGACCUCAUAGACCUGAAAGACCUGAUAGACCUGUGAGACCUCAUAGACCUCAUAGACCUCAUAGACCUCAUAGACCUCAUAGACCUGUCUCUCCAAACUCUGACAGCAGAGCCUGAAGUGUUCGUAUUUGAACCUGUGAUCACAUUUUUCUGUGGGAGUGGCUCAUGACCUCACGGCGCCGUCAUCAGGGCGUGGUCUUCACACAGAUCUAGAGCAGGUAGAGUCAGUGUGUUCAGAGCAGCCGAUCUGACUUCAGCUCCUCUCACCUCCUUCUGUCUCAGAAGCUCAGCAGCGCCUCCUGCUGGUCACUGUCUUUGCUCUGAGUGUGAGGUACCAACCCGUGGACGUGUCUCUGGCCAUCUCCAGCGGACUGCUCAACGUUCUGUCUCAGCUCUGCGGUACGGAGACCAUGCUGGGCCAGCCGCUCCAGCUGCUGCAGAAACCAGGAGUGUCCCAGCUCAGCACCGCCCUCAAAGUGGCCUCCACCCGCCUGCUUCAGAUCCUCGCCAUCAGUACGGGGUGAGAGCUUCAGGAGGAGUCAGGAGUCGGUCAGCAGAAACACAGAACAGGUCCGAUAAACUCCUCUCUAUGUUUUCAGGACGUACGCUGACAAGCUCAGUCCGAAGGUGGUCCAGUCUCUGCUGGACCUGCUCUGCAGUCAGCUGAAGAACCUGCUGUCUCAGGCCGGGGUCAGUCUGCUGUCUGCUGGAAAAGACCAGGAGGACACCAAGCAGGAGGAGAGCGCCGACUCGGAGAAGAAAGACUUACGAGGUGAGGAGGAGUUUAUCUUCUUUCUCUGAGAGCGCGCUGACUUCUUCAUGGGUCUGAAAACUGACGCUGUCUCAUAUAUUCUCAUAUAGAUGUACGUGUUUAUAUAGAUAUGUGUCAAUAUGGAUAUGUGUGUAUAUGUAUAUAAAGAUAUGUUUAUAUAGAUGUGUGUGUAUAUGUGUGUGUGUGUAGGUGUUGUUCUGAUCAGCUGAGACUCUGGCCUCCAGUCCUCGUCGUUUGUUCAGAUCACAGUUAAACUUUAAUGACUGAGUUUAAAGUCUGAUUGAUGGUCAGCUCUGAUGAAGAGUUCCUGCGGCCUCAGUCAGGAUGUGGACCAGCUCCUCUUGGUUCCUGUUAGGGUCUCUUUUUCUGAACUCCUGUAAAUA